ACAAAAGAAGAUGGAUUAAAAAUGAUGCUAGGCACGUCUUCUUCUCUUUUGUUCCUCGCAAUGGCGGCAAUGGCGACGACAGCCACAAUGGGGGUGGCGAUGCCGAAGGGAGCGAAAAUGACGACGCCGCGAAUUGAUGCUCGAUUUUUUGGCUUUGGGGAACAAACGACUACCAGAAUUCUCGAUCUGUCCACCGUCACCACCACUCAGACCUGCAUUGUCAUUACACGGAUCGGUCAGUGUGCGAGACGUCGCAAGCGCCAUGACUUUGAGGCUCGUCGUGCUCUACCGACACUGGGUAAUGACAAUGGAGACGCAGAGAUUGCAAGUUCCUUGCUGGACUCGAGCCGUUCUGAUGAAGGAGUCGCUGCCGAAUCCUUCCGUGGUUUCCUGACCUACUGGCAUCUCACCACCUCAACGGUUGUGCUCACAUCCUACAUAAAAAGCAUCGCUGGCACAGUUCGUCUCAGAAAUCGCACUCUCGGUAUUUUAGGGUGCACUGCCACUCUUUGCAAAAAUGCUUAGAUGAUUGGUGACAAAACAUUACUCAUGAUCUUAUGAUAGAUUAUUUAACCCUAUAAUACUAGAAAUGAAGUUCCUCUAAUGAUUAUAUAGUCAUAAAAGAAUUAGGUUCGAGGUGACGUCCAGCUGUCAUCUACCGUGCCCUUAUUCCAGAGCUGUGUCGCUGGAAAUAGUGCAAGUAUUUGUGCUAUGAUAUUAUCAGAAGCGGUGUCGUAAACAAUAAUCCCUACAGUUUUGUACAUCUUCACUGCACUUUGAUAUCUCAUGAAGAAAUCUUUUACUCAGUUGAAAAUUGUUUCGCUCUGAAUUAUUUCAGUUCAUUCCCCAAAGUCUAAAUAAACGCUAAAAAAUUUAAAAAAUAUACUAUAGAGGGGACGGAUUCAAUUGGUACGCGCU